GUUAACUUCGCUAAUUAUGCUUUCUGGAGUUUGGACCCGUCCCCCUAGCCCUUGAGCCGUCUGGCGGUGGUUCCGAUCUGUAUUUUACUUCGGAAAAAAAAAGAUAAAAAAAGACCCUCACUAUCGGGAGCGAAUGAAAGUUGAAACGAAGGAACCAACGGAUAUCCAUAUACUCUUUCCAAAGCCCUCGAUUUCUCUGAUUUUUGAGCGUCAAAUUUCAGCUAGAAAGAAGAUUGGGCGGUGAAAUGGGUCUUCCUGUGGAGUUCGUUUGCAUCUUUUCCUUACGCAGUUGUGCCAUUUAGGAGGGUUUAGUGGUUGGGGUGGAAAAAGAAACGACUGGAUUUAUGAUGGUUCAGUUAUUCCUAUCCGAACCACUUUGCAAUGAUAAUGGAGUUAGUGAUGUUGCUAAGAAGAGAUUAUCUCUUUUGAAGAAAUUGGAAUCCAUUAUCUGGACAUCGAUAGCAUCUAGUAGCCGCUCUGAGGCUCGUUUAUGGCUUUGCAACACUAUAUCAUGUAUGAAUCCAAUCACACCCAAUCAACAUUGCAAUGUAUUUGUCAAGCUAUUGAGUUCUAAGCAGCCAAAGCGAGCUCUUGCGGUACAACUCUUGCAGAUGAUCUUUGAGAAAAGGCCACAAAAAGCUGCUCAAAUCCUAACCAAGAAAAGUUACAUGGUCGAGAAAUUCUUUAAAGGAAAUCCACGGCGUAUAUUGCUUUGGUUUGAUAAUUUUUCCCACAGUGGUAAAUUUGGACACAGAAGAGGUUCUCGGGCACUAUCCCAGUUUGCUUUUGUGAAUCGGGACAUCUGUUGGGAGGAGCUUGAGUGGAAGGGAAAACAUGGGCAGGCACCUGCAAUGGUAGCAACAAAGCCUCAUUACUUUCUUGAUUUGGAUAUUCAGCGAACAGUGGAGAAUUUCCUUGAAAAUGUGCCGGAGUUUUGGUCCUCAGAUGAGCUUGCUGAAUCAUUAAAAGAUGGCGAGAUUCUGCACAUAGAUACUAGUUUUUUUGUGGAUUAUUUUGUUGAUUUGAUGUAUAAGGAGGAUUCUGCAGAAGUAUGGCAACUGAUAAAUGAGUACUUGAAAGAGGAGUCAUUCUCUGUUCUCUGUCACCAUCUUCUCAUUGUUCUAGAAGAGCAGGAUCUUUGUGCUUUCUUGGGCUUAAUUGGUGAAAUGCUUUCCCCUAGAAUGGAUUCCAAGGAGUUCGGUCAUCCAUCUUAUUGGCUAGAAAUUAUAUUAUCUACUUGCAAUGGUUGUUUUCCCAUUGAGGACUUACUCUUAUUAAAUGCUGUUAUUAAUCAAGGCCGCCUGCUUAUACGGCUUAUUGAAGAUGAGGAGGAUCAAAAAGGAAAAAUCAAGGAUCUUGUUUUCCAGAUCUGUGCAACCUCAACCUUCACCAAUCUUUGGGCCUCACUCAUAAAAGAAUUCUUGAAGAUGGAGAAGGUAGAAGUGUUAAAAUGGCUGGGGCUUCAGUCUUGGGCUUUGCACCAUAGAUUAUUGGAGGAAUGCAAGAAUCCUGAAUCAUGGGAAGCACUCUUUAUGGAAAAUGGAAUAGUUUUCCGCAAAUCUGAUGGCCAUCCCUUGCUAUCUCCUGAGGGAUUCUUUGAGGAAAGUGGGUCUGAUUUGGAAUGUGGUGGUUCCGUUAGAGUUAGGAGAAAAAAGAAAGCAACAGCAAGACAGAAAAAGAGGAGAAGGGAUUAUAGUCUUGAUGCAGACAAUGACAACGAACUGGUAGAUUUCGAUUCAAUGGGUGGAUGGCAGGGUUUGCAAUCUAGAACUGGGAAUUGGUUCCUCUCUACUGAUGGUUACUCUUCUUCAUGGAAUAGUGCGGAUUUGCCAGAACACUUGGCUAAGCAUUGCUUUUCUACAUGGAUGAAGUGGAUUUCUUGCCAAAGCAAUUCUGUUGCUUAAUCUUUCUUGCAGUGGAAUUAAUAUCUACAUUAUCAAUGGUGGGAUGCUGCUGCUGCCUCCUCCUUGUUUAGAAUGUUUGUAAGUGGAAGGGUAAGGUUGGGCUCAAUGGUGGGAUGUUGCUGCUACCUUCUCCUUGUUUUUGAUGUUUGAAAGUGAAGGGUAAGGUUGGAUUCUUUCUACUGUAUAGAAAGUUUUUGGGUUAAAUGAGGUGGUAUGCUGGGGAGAGGAGCAGUUGAGGCAGAGCUUACUGUUACUGCAGCUGAAGAUAUAUUGUUGGUAAAAAAUUUAUCUUGGAUCUCUGAUCUUUUUCCUUACACCUAAGGUCAAGAACUGUGUCCUGUGUUCCAUAAAGUUUAUCUGCCAGAUGGUUACUACAUCCAGUUAAAUUUAAUGACCAUCGAGAUCUUGUUGAUGGAACUCACACAUUGAAUGGUAGGUCUUCCCACUACAUGCCGUAGUCUGGAUUAUAGCCUACUAGGAUUGGUUGGUAGAUAGCACGGUCUUCCCACGGCUUGUGGAUGUAAGCAUCUUCAGAAGCACUGCUCUUGUAGAGCCCUUUUUUUGUUAAAACCACUUUGUAUGGUUUCCUCCUAUUUGCGGAGUGGUGGUGUUGGUUGUUAUGGGCCAACUGAUUCCAGUUAUUUAUUUCAUCACGUUUCUGAAUUUUAGGUGGGUGACAUUAAAACAUUAGUUUGUUCAUGUAAAAUAAUUACACUUUACGGCUUUGUAUUUUAAUAUGUAAUGGGAAAAGGUCAGUUAUUUAUUUA